UUCGAUCCGUCACAUAGUUGUCACUUGAACUGCAUGCUUUUAGUCAUUUUGCAGGGAAUUGCGACGGGAAAGUUUUGAAUUACUAGUUGAGCAUUCGAGUAAUCCAGAGUGUAGGCGCGAAAUUUUCUGUUUGUGCAAAUCGUUAAUUAGGGAAGAGUUUAGAAUAGUGUGUUUUAAGAGAAAAAUAAAUACCACUGGAUGGAAUGUGUGUUGGAAUCAAUUAAGCGGACUGGACUGGAUGACGGAUGCGGGAAAGAGCAAGUGAGCUCAUCUUGAAAGGCACGGGGCUGCUAUUCGCCAGCGGUGUGUGAGUGAAAGCGGUCGGACAAGUCCGUCCGGCGAUCAGCAGAACAGAAACGUGUUUUCCUUUCCGACACGCGUUCGGUUUUGGUUCGGGAACAGCAAAAAAAAGCAACAACUUCGUGUUGGCGAUGAGCGACCGGAGCUGAAUUUGAAUGGGCCUCCCUCGGUCGGCCAGCCAGCCAGCCAGUAGUCAGUGGUUUGUUCUCAGUCAGUCAGUGCUCUCAUUGCUGUUGCUUCACACACAUCGUUAUUCGCGAGCGCCCCCCAAAAGCGGUCAGAUUUCGUGUGGUGUGAAAUAUCAAAGGACCGACGUUUGAAGGUAGAAAAGUAGGGAAAAAAAUAACCAAAGAAGUGGAGCAAACAAGAGUCCGAGGUAGAAAAAUAACAGAAAUAAAAACCCGAGAGCGACCGAGAGUAAAGUAUCAUCGACGGCUCGCGGCGUUCGUCUCUGGAUGUGUGAAUGUUUGAACGGUGCACUUGCGCAAUAGGUGUCGCGUCUGGCGCUCGCAUGUGAUAAAAUUUAAAGUGCGAAGAAGUAAAAAAAGUGAAGAGAGGCUUCGCAGCAGAAAAGUGGAUUUUGGUGAUUUAGUGGCUGACCGUGGAAGUAUUCUGUACCCGCACCGUGUAAGUCAGCUGAAGGAAGACCUCCCCGGGGCCAGAAAUCAGGGCCGAAAAAGGUUGACUGAAUAAGUGAAACACUAGAGAGAGAAAAAAGUGGCAUUCCAAGCUGUGUACGAGUACAUCUUGAUACGGCGAGUCAUGGUGAUAUGGUGGCAAGUGCAAAUUUGAUGCAGCCUUAAACUUUGUGCGAAAAUUCAGUGAAAUCAAUUUUCCUCGCGCAGAGCCCGGAGCUCGGGAAUUGUCUCGAGCUAAACGUCAAAAAAAAGUGAGAACCGAGCUAACGGAUGAGAGAGCAGGAGAGCGCGAACGUCAGAUUAGGUGAAACAACUCGUGAGAGAACGCACGCAGCAUACACAACAUACACGCACACACAGAUACAUCACAGAGCAACAGCAGUAGUACAGUGAGAGAGAGAGUGGACACCCAACUACUCACGCUAUCGGGUUUCGACGACGGUCCUCUAGACAGGAUUUUCCGAGACUACACCAGCAGCAGCAGCAGUAGCAGCAGUGGGAGGAAAGAAAACCCUAGUGCAAAACACAUCCACUCUCGCGGGGAUCACAAAUCCUAAACAACAGUCCAUUUUGUUUUCAAACCGGGGUCCAACCGAAAGCCGUCAAAGUGUAUUCCCUCGGAGAUUGUGUACAAAGCAUGGCAGCGGACGCCGCUAUGGAUACGACCUGUCCGAGUCCCGAACUGGGGGAUUCCAGGAAACGACCACUGGAUGACGGUACGGAUGAUGGCACUUCCAAACGGUCGCACUUCAGCACCAACGGAUAAACAAGUCCAACAAAAAAAAAACGAAAAACGAUUUUUCAAGUUUUAGCAAUGAAGUCCAAACAAGACAAAAUUGUAUUAAAAUAUAAUCCGAGAGCGUUUUAUGCAUUCUAACCAUUCCGAAACGUAGUUUGAAGCCUAACAAUAAUUGGAGGCGCAAAUGGUGACAGUGUGUGAGUGUGUUGAAUUUCUACUAUUACUACUACUACUACUACUACUACCAAUACUACCACUACUAUCGCAAUCACUUCUCUUGCAACGACUGCGGUUCCAUCGGCUGACCGGGCGGUAAAAAACAUCGCAAAACAUCGUCGUCGAACUAAUCCGUCAGGGUCCAUACUGUUAAUAGCAUCCAAUGCCAAUAAUUAUCAGAUAUUCGUCGGAAAUCAUCACGGAAUCGGAAUCGUCCAUGCGGCAAUGGUUGCCAAACAAGAACAACAACAACAACAACAACUACUACUACUACUACUAGUUCUAGUACUACUAACUUAGAUCGAUCACUAAAAGCUCAUCACCCCUGCGAUUCAUCAUCGAAUCAACCGAAGAGCGCUACUACGGGCAGCAUUUUUGAAUGUCAUUUAGUUGUAACUCAAAAUCACAUGUUUUCUGACGUCUCUGCCAAAUAAAAACAAAAAAAACCGACACACCACAUACACACUAAAAACGAAGAAGUGCAAUUAUAGUGUUUUUGUUGAUUUUUGUACCAAAGAAAUCAUCGCUAGCUUCGAUCGAAUCGACAGAAAAUUGUAGAUUAUAACUAACCGUUUCGUCAUAAUUCGUCGCCACCACCACCUCGUCAAGGUUUUACCCCAAAGGAUUUCCAAUGUUAAAUAGUCAACAGCAAUCGCCGGCAGCCUCACAGCAGCAGUCGCAGCAGCAGCAGCCCCUCCAUACACCGAGUGGCCACUCGCCGGAUCGGACCGGUAGCAACAACAACAACAGCAACAGCCACAGUUAUUUCAUUUUCGAUGACCUAAGUUCGGCCCUGGCUGCCGAACGGAACAAUUCGAAGAGCAGUGUCCAAAACUUGGUCCUGUCUGGCGUCGGUGGCAGUAAUGACAGUGUCAUUGCCAAGAUCAAUCAGAUCAAUAGUACCCAUCACAGUGCUAAUGUUGGAACGGCAAGGGCUGGAUCUGGUACCGGUCUGUCCUCGCCAUCAUCCGCUACCGGAGGUGCCUCCUCGCAAACCUCCGUCUCCAGCGUAUCGUCAUCCAGUGGUACCGGCGGUGGAACCAUGUCCCACCAGCAGCAACAUCAGCACCAUCAAAUCAUGUCCGCACUGGCACAGCAAAAAUCGUCACCCUUCGGCGGUCAGCGCUAUUCGUAUGGCAACAGUGUCGGUUCCAACACGAGUGGGACUAGCACGAUCAGUGCUGCCAGUCAAGCAUUCCAGAAUCAGCAAACUUCGUUCGCGCAGUUUGGAGCCUACGGGCAAACGCAAUCGAGUAGCACACUGCUCCAACAACAAUCUCAGCAAGCAUCCUCUCUGCAACAGAAGACUGGUUUCGGUAAGUUCCCAGGGGCCUUUUCCGAUGGCCUUCGCAGCGCCGAGAUGAUUUCACAUUUUAAUCACCAAUUCCAAUCGCCAUUCACCAUUCCGUCAGCAACCGGAACCACAACCACUACGACCACAACCAAUGGCGGCACGGCAGUCGGAGGCGGUGACAAUUAUCACUUCAAAACGCUGGUCCCGUCGGUGGCCGCCGGAGCCAUCAUCGGCAAGGGAGGCGAAACUAUUGCCUCCCUGCAGAAGGAUGCUGGAGCGCGGGUGAAAAUGUCCAAGGCACAUGACUUCUAUCCGGGAACAUCCGAACGCGUCUGUCUCAUUAGCGGCACAGUCGAUGGCAUAUUGACUGUGCUCGAUUUUAUCAUUGAUAAGAUUCGCGAGAAGCCCGACAUGACCAAGGCGCUAACCGAUGCCGACGCCAAGCAGGCGGCCGAGCGCGAUAAGCAGAUCAAAAUUCUGGUCCCGAACUCGACGGCCGGAAUGAUCAUCGGCAAAGCCGGAGCGUACAUCAAACAGAUCAAGGAGGAAUCGGGCUCGUACGUGCAGAUCUCGCAAAAGCCGAAAGAACUGACGCUACAGGAGCGUUGCAUCACCAUAAUCGGCGAGAAGGAAAACAACAAAAUUGCAUGCAAGAUGAUCCUGGCAAAGAUCGUCGAAGAUCCCUCAUCCGGCUCAUGCUUGAACGUAUCAUACGCAGACAUCAACGGACCGGUGGCCAAUUUCAACCCCACUGGUUCGCCAUUUGCCGCCUCACAGAAUCCCACUUUCAGUUCCAGUACCGCAUCAUUAAAUUCCGCACUGAGCGGCGCCAUGCCGGGGGCUUCCGCGGCCGGUUUACUGGUCAACGGCACCGGACUGAAUCUGUCAUUAAAUCUAGGUGCACCUUCACCACAAACUAAUCCUACAGUUACCACACAAUUGCUUGAACAUAUUAAGGGUGCCAUGAGACAGUCCGGCUACUCCGACACGGCUACCAAUGAGGUGCACGCAGCGCUGGCCGUGCUGGCCAAGUACGGUGUGUUGGGCAUCGGAGUCGGUCUCCAGAACGGAACCCACACGACACCGCUGAGCUUCCUCGGUGUUCAGGAGUUGCAGCAAUCGACGGCCGCGGCAGCAGCUGCUUCGGCCGCCAGCGGCGUGUACGGUGCCGUCGGACAGCUGAACCUGGACUCGUAUCUACACGGUGCUGGCACCGCGACACCCCGUACCUCCCUGGAACGCUACGACGCUACCUUCGAUCCGUUCCGGCAUCCGGGAACGCAAGCCGCCACCCCGAUCUCCAUCAACAACAAUGCCUUCGGGUUGACUAGUGCCAGCGCUCUGAAUGCGGCCGCCGCCGCCCAAUCACUCGGUUCGCUCAGCAAGAGCCCGACACCGGCUGAGAUGACAACCAGCAAGGAGAAGAACGUCGAGAUCCCCGAGGUGAUCGUCGGUGCUAUUCUAGGUCCCGCCGGUCGCAGUCUGGUCGAGAUCCAGCACCUGUCCGGUGCCAACAUUCAGAUUUCCAAGAAGGGCAUUUUCGCGCCGGGAACCCGCAAUCGCAUCGUUACCAUUACCGGCGCACCGAAUGCCAUCAACGUUGCUCACUAUCUGAUCGAGCAGCGCAUCCAGGAGGAGGAAGCGAAACGGGCCUGCCAGACGAGUACGGGAGCGGCCGUUAAAACCGGUCCUACCGUUGCCGCCGGUACGCAGUAAAGUGAAUGAAAGUAAAAACAAAUCAAACAUCCACACAAACAUACACAGACAAGCAGACACACACACACAAACCCAUACUUCAGGCGUACAUCAUCCCGUACGCGUGUUCUACACAUGAGAAACAUGAACGUGUGUGCGUGUACAGGGGUUCGUAUUGGUUAAUAGUAGGUAUGUGACGACCGGAGUGCGGUCCAUGGGGAAAUGUUGCAACAACAAAUAACAAAAUAACCGAGAAAGAAAGAAUAAGCGAGUGUGAACGUAUAUGAAAUAAUAAUAAUUAUAUUAAAGUAAUUGUUAUUUUAGUAGGUAAUUAACGAUUGAAAAAAGAACAUUUUUAACUCAGUUUAAAAAAAACAAAAAAGGAAGGUAAAACAACUAAACAAUAUAUGAUAGAUAAGUGAGGAAUAAACAUUGCACCCAAACCCAAACAAACACCGACACACACACACACACACAAACACAUUGCAGUCAAGAACGAAACACACACAAACAUCAUAACACCUCUCACAUCUAAGCGAAUAGAUAAGUCCACGCGUUACACUGUUGUCAUGGCAGCGGAAAACUCCCGCAGCGUCGUACUAGUUUUUUUUUUCUAUUUAAUAUAUUCCAAUCAUACUAUUCAGUUGUUUUGGAAUUUUUAUUUGCAAUGUUUCGGUUUAGUUCCGUGUUUUAUUUUUAUUUCUUCUAUAAUUUAAGAGAUGUUUUUAUUUAAGUUUUUUUUAAUAUAAAUAUUCAAAUUUCAUAUAUUACGGGCCAGGCCUAAAGAUUUUUUAGCUGUUAGCAAAAUUGUUUGUGCAAAUCGCGAAAAGCAAAUCACAUACACACAUACACAUAUAUAUUAAACAAAAAAUUACAUACACAUUUUAGAUUGUACGUUUUUUCUUUCGAUUUCUGUGCGGGUAGAAUUUUGAUUAGGGAUAAAAAAAAGUGCACUGUACAAUAUAAGCAUACACAAAUACACACACAUACAGACACAGUGACAAGCAGAAUCAUUGAAUUUUUGUUUGUUUGUUACUUCGCUAGAGUUCUAGAGGCGUAUCAUUUUGCCAUUUAGUGCGCCCAACUUUUUUGUUUUUUUUUCUGUUGCUCUGUUUUGUUGUCUCAGUCCAGCAUUGUUGAAUGUUAGCAAACAGAUAGACACCUCACACACAGACAUACACACACAUACACAACGGAAGCCAGCAAUGUCGAUAGAUAGAGAGGAACCAUUGCGGAGAUGUGCAUAUAAUACAUGUUGAAACGCAGUCAUAGUAUGUAAACAAAAAUAAAACAAACCAACAAAAAAAAUGGUAGUAGAAAAAGUUAGUAACUGAGAAAAGGGUACAGUUUAACAACCAUUUUUACUAGUUGAAUGUUAAGUUAGUGAAACUAAAAGAAGAGCUCUUAUAUUUAACCAAUGAAAGCGAAAGAAUUUUAAA